GGGAAGGCAGAGAGAGGGAUUUUAUGAAGCGUUAUCAGACGAUAUAAGCCCGCCAGAGGAGCAGCGUCGGGUACACAGCUAGGGAGGCGAGAGGAGGAGCAGAGAGGAGGUGGCGGUACGGACGCGUCUCGGUCACGGCGCGUCACGGCGGCGGAACGCGGCGUUCCUCUGUUGCGGUGAGAAUUCAGCGGAGCGGAGGGGAAACACACAAUUCAGCGAAUGUGACUCAGCUCCCGCACCAUGCUCCCCCGUAGCAUACGAACAGGUGGUUUGGACCUGCCGGGGGUGGAGUCAAGAGAUGUGCCUCUUAUUGGCUACCGGCCCUUAACACCUGACAACGGAACGCCCAGCAGCCAAUCAGUGGGAGGCACCAGCAGGGACGACCCGGACUACACACAGGUGGAGCCCUCGCCAAUGAAGACCACAUGGUACUGGCCCCUGGACUUGUCCAAAGUAGUGGAGGAAGAGGACGAUGGAAUUAUCUACACAGUGGUGCUCAAACAACAGCACAGCUCCCCCACCAGUCCAGUGUCCGGGACCUCCCGCUCUCAGUUUAUAAAAGCAGGAACGGAGGAGAAACUGGUUCUUCACCUCCUACACUCCUUCUCUAUGGGAGACUCUUCCUUUGUCACCAUCUUCCUUUCCACCUAUCGCUCCUUCACCUCCACCAAGAGAGUUCUGGACAUCCUCAUUAACAGUUUCCGAACAUUCGUCUCCGCUAUAAUAAACAUAAUGCUGUGUCUGUUCCUGCUGUGGCCAUCCCUGCGUGGCGGCGCACUAACAAAUAAAACCGGGCUGGAGCACCCACCCGGAGCCGGAGCAAGCAGCCAGACGAGGCAAUCUUUCAACAAGGCGGUGUGCACGGUGUUCAGCACCUGGCUGUCCGAAUACCCUGAAGACUUCCAGGCCCUCGGGGAGCCGUCUCGUCUGCUGCGCCUGGCUCCCCUGCUGCCCCAGGACUCCUCCUCUGGGGCUGAUCUCUGCUCUCGCCUCCUCAGGUUGGCUGAGGAGCUCAGCGAAAAGGCUCUUCUCUCAGAAUCUCUCGCAGAUCAGACCACCAGCACCCCGCCUGCUUCUCCUGACCCCUCCAAGUUUGACCCCACCAGUAUCCUCAGUUUCCCUGCUGGCGUAAUCGCCGAGCAGCUUACCAAGAUAGAGACGGAGCUGUUUGUCCGACUGGUUCCAUAUCACUGCCUUGGCUCUCUGUGGUCUCAGAGGGAUAAGAAGGGGAGGGAGGGUGUUUGUUGGUCUGUCCGGGCCACCAUACGCCAGUUCAACAAGUUGGCCAAUGCGGUCCUUGCAUCUUGUCUUCGGCCCACAAAGCUACGCAGCCAGCAGAGAGCCCGGUUCCUGGAGAAAUGGAUCAGUGUGGCGGAGGAGUGCCGAGCGAGAAAGAACUUCUCCUCGCUGUAUGCCAUUGUGUCUGCCCUGCAGAGCAACCCCAUCCAUCGGCUGAGGAGGACCUGGCAGGAGACGGACAGGGAUGCUGUGAGGAGGUACGAGGAGCUGUCGGAUAUCUUCUCUGAGAAAGACAACUACUCACAAAGCAGGGAGCUUCUGAAGGAGGAGGGCACAUCCAAGUUUACCAACCUUGACAACAGGCUGAACAACCGGCGUCUCACCGGGUCCAGCGCCCAGGGCACCGUGCCUUACCUGGGCAUCUUCCUCACAGACCUCACCAUGCUGGACACGGCAGUCAAAGACCGGCUGGAGAGCGGUUACAUCAACUUCGACAAAAGGAGACGGGAAUUUGAGGUUUUGGCUCAGAUCCGCCUCCUGCAAUCUUCCUGUAAAAACUGCGUCUUCACCGCUGACGAGGCCUUCGUACAGUGGUACCACAGUGUGCCUACGCUAAGCGAGGAGGAAAGCUACAGGCUGUCCAAUGAAAUUGAAGUGCCCAGCGAACCGAGCAUUCGUGGCAUCACCCCAACAGUCAUCAUCACCGAGUGUCCAGAUUUAAGCAGCUCACGGAUCAGCCUGGCUGGUGACAACGACAGCCUCUUCGACUUCCCUUCCCCUGUCAAUAACCUGCUGUCCAAACUUGCUAAGCAUAUGAAAUCCCCCUCCGUCUCCUGUUUGGAUGUUGACGUCUCCCCUCCAACCAAUGACUCCAUCCCCACCACGUUGACCACGUCCACUCCCAUCAAAUCGCAUCGUCGAUCAGUCUCCUGCGGCAACAACCCGACCCAUAACAGCCAGAGCUCGGCGCCGGACAUGCGCAUCGUCAGGAUACGGAUGGACUUGCAAGAUGGAAACUUGUACCGGAGUAUACUGGUCACCAGUAAUGACAAAACACCUACUGUUGUCAGCUCUGCCUUAGAAAAGCACAACCAGGACCCCAAAGAGGCAUCCAGAUACGAACUGAUCCAGCUGUUGCCUGAAGGAAAAGAGUUGGUCAUCCCCACCACGGGAAACGUCUUCUAUGCUAUGACGUCAUCUAGUGUUGACUUCCUAUUAAGGAGGAAAGGCGGCAACAUGCUACCAAGUUCACAUCCAGUUAGCACGGAGACGAGUGCCACUUUUCCCCGAAUCAAAGCCAAAGGGAGGCGACUGGUUAGAACUCUAUUUUGAUGUCGAAAUUUCUCCA